GCAGCAGCAGGCCGCCGGCGUGCCGUUCAGUUCAGAGCGGGCUGUCCGGAGCGUAGAGCGGAGCGGGCAGCACCACCAGCAGCAGAGCGGCACCAGCACCCCAGCAGGCACCAUGAACACCAGCAGAGUCCUCCGCAAGGUCGCAGGGACGUCGGGGCUGUGGUCCCGGGUCCAGAAUGAGGCCCGCCGCGUGGCCGCCGCCGCGGCCUCCACCACCACGACGAGCACCCAGAGCGCGCGCCCCCAGGCCCAGGAGGCCCACGAGCAGGCCCUGGGCGGCACACUGCCCCUCACCUUCCUCUCCGACGACGAGCUCAUGAUGAAGGAGACAGUGGCGCGCCUCGCCCAGGAGAAGAUCCAGCCCCUGGUGCGGCAGAUGGACGAGAGCUCGACGCUGGACCCCAGCGUGGUGAGCGAGCUGUUCAACAACGGCCUGAUGGGCAUCGAGGUGGACGGCGAGUACGGCGGCUCCGAGUCGUCCUUCUUCACGUGCAUGCUGGUCGUGGAGGAGCUGUCCAAGAUCGACCCCUCGGUGGGCGCCUUCUGCGACAUCCACCAGACCCUGGUCAACGCGCCCUUCCGCAAGCACGGCACCCCCGAGCAGAAGGCCAAGUACCUGCCGCGCCUGGCGCAGAACACGGUGGGCAGCUUCUGCCUGACUGAGCCUACAUCGGGCUCCGACGCGUUCGCGCUCAAGACCACCGCCAAGAAGGAGGGCAAUGACUGGGUCAUCAACGGCACCAAGAUGUGGAUCUCCAACUCGGACCUGGCUGGAAUCUUCCUCGUCAUGGCCAACGUGGCCCCGGAGAAGGGUUACAAGGGCAUCACCUGCUUCAUCGUGGAGCGUGAUACUCCCGGCCUCACUGUAGCCAAGAAGGAAGACAAGCUUGGAAUCCGUGCCUCUGGUACCUGCAUGGUGCACUUUGACAAUGUCAAGGUUCCGGACAGUCAUAUCCUUGGAGAGAUUGGCAAGGGAUACAAGUACGCUAUCGAGGUUCUGAAUGAAGGCCGCAUUGGAAUUGGAGCUCAGAUGAUUGGACUUGCCCAGGGAUGCUUUAACGCCACAAUUCCCUAUACUCUAGAGCGUAAACAAUUCGGCAAGCGUAUUUUUGACUUCCAGGGUAUGCAACACCAAAUUGCACAGAUCGCCACUCAAAUCGAGAGCGCUAGAUUGUUAGUUUACAAUGCCUCUCGCCUUCACGAUGCUGGUAAAGACAUUAUCAAGGAGGGAGCUAUGGCCAAAUAUUGGGCAUGCGAGGUUGCAGCCAAUACUACUUCCAAGUGUGUAGAUUGGAUGGGAGGAGUUGGAUUUACUAAAGAUUUCCCUCAGGAAAAGUAUUACAGAGACUGUAAGAUAGGAUCAAUCUAUGAAGGCACAUCUAAUAUUCAACUGAACACCAUUGCCAAGAUGCUAGAGAAGGAGUAUGUUGCAUAAAUUACUAAGGAUUUUACUAACUAUUUGAAAAAAAAAAUAUAUAUAUUAUUGAAAAUUAGGAUAAUUGACUGAUACUGGUUAUGUGAUUUAGGUUGUAAGUUGUAAGCUUAGAAUGAAAUAAACAAUUACACUUUU